CGAAUACAAUAAGAAUCACUUAUCGCCGCAAAAAGAGAGGUGUUUGUUAAUAUUAUUUAUUAAUGGAACUUAGAAUAUUAUUUGUUUUAAUAUGUUUUGAAAAUUGACUUAAGUCUUCAAACCGGUUUGCUUCACAGGUUAGGUGCUAAAUGACCCAUAAAAAAACGAGCUAAAGACAGAGGUCUGGGAAUUUUAUAAAAUAAGCACUUCAAUAGAAUCUGGUCCGUAAAAAAACAACAUUCCAAGCUUUUGCUACUACUUAACAUAUAAAAAAAAGAUGCUAAUAAGAAUAUAUCAAUUCUUAUGGAAUUUUCUAAAUGUCAUAGUGACAUGCUAUAAAUUACUUGUUUGGUUGCGUUUGCGUUUGAUUGCCUUUGCGUUAUGGUCAUAUGAUUUAUGUCAAACGCCAAGUACAAAACAACAUAAGGACUUUGUCUUUCUAAGAGCCUGCCGAUCGCAACUAAGUAAAAUACCAAAACAUUUGAAUUUGAUAGUCGGACCAGAAGAUCAACAGGUUAAUGAAGAAGUACUGACACGCAUUUUCAGUUACGCCCUCAUAAUGGGUAUAGAUUGCAUCAGCUUUUAUGAUACCCGCCAAUGCAUAACCAGGAUUAAAAAUCAACCUUUAACAUUGAAGAAGAUCAAAUGCCCUAAAGGUAUUAAAAGUGAAACUCUCGAUAAAUAUAAGGCUGUUUGGCAAACAGAAGCACCGAAAUUAAAUGGUUAUGAAAACUACGCAAUCAAUGGAUCUAAAGGUGCUUUUUGUAAGGAUCAAUUGCACAAUGGUUCCGCUGCGCAACAUAAUACGUUAAAGAUUUAUGAAAUCCAACCAGGAGAUGGUCGUCCCCUGCUAGCACAAAUUUGUCGCGAUUUAUAUCAGCAGCGACACACAUCUAAAAUUCAAAAUCUUUUAAAAGAGCGCAACCUUCUUGCCGAUCAUAUCGGGAAAAUUUUAAAACAUCGUCUUAAUGAUUUAAGUGAACCCGAUCUAACCAUUAUAUUUUCCGAUUAUAUGUGCACGUAUGGAAUGUUACCCUGGCAUACAAGAUUUACCGAAUUCUAUCAACUGGAGACUGGUUGUCGCAUCGAUACCCAAACGUUUGCGCAUAUACUGUGUAAAUACUCACGUUGUGAACAGCGAUGGGGUAAAUAGGUAAAUAGGCAUAAGUAAAAAAAAGUUACUAAAACAAAAAGAUAAAAAAUAACGGAAGCGAUUUCUAUCGUAAGUCAACUCUCAGUUAUUCUUUCUAUAACCAUUUUUUCUUUUUUUGUUGCCAUUUUUCUUUUGCUAAUCACAAUUGUACAAUACAAAACACACAUAAGAAUUUUAUUAAAAAUCAUAAUUUGCUACUGUGUGUAAGUUCAAUUCUUUCCUCUUUAUAUUAAAAUUGUGUUUAAUAUUAAGUUAAAAGCAUGUAUAGGUGUAGUAAAAAAGAUUUCUUAAAUGGUUGUCUGAAAAUCACCUUAAAAAUAAGGAUAAUAAGAACACUCCUCCUGUAAAGUAUAGAAACUUAUAAA